AUGGCGCGAGCCUUCAACAAACAAGUGAGAACCGAAAUUCUCCAAAUAGGGCAACUUGUGCUCAAACGGAUAUUCCCAAAUCAAGAAGAAUACAAAGGAAAGUUCGCACCUAACUGGCAAGGGCCUUAUAUGGUACGAAAAGUGUUAUCAGGAAGUGCAGUUGUCCUCGCUGAAAUGGACGGCCAAGAGUGGCCAAGAGCAAUAAAUUCAGACGCCAUUAAGCAAUACCAUGAGGGAGAAAGAAGACGACUUCAAAGAUUUGUAGCUUCUAUAGUUUAUGUUGCUUUUAUUGCAUUUCCUUUGCUUCAUGCGAGAAAAGAUCAAAUGGCUGCAUAUCAAAUUCCUGGAGCAAUCUUACAAGAGGGGCAUUCCACAACAAGACCACCCUACUUCAAUGGUGAACACUACUGUCAUUGGAAAGAAAGGUUCAAGAUCUUUGUGCAAUCAACAGACUAUCAAGCAUGGAUCGUGAUCAAGAAAGGACCUAAACCUAUUCCAAAUGUGGAUGCAAAGGAUACAAAUACAAAGAUUGAUCUGGAGUCACAUGAUGUGACUAAAGAACAACAGGAGACUUUAUCAACAAAUGCUAGAGCAAUAGCUUUAUUUUACUGUGCAGUCAGCGGAGAAGAGUAUGCCAAAAUAUCAAACUGCAAGACUGCAAAAGAAAUGUGGGAUAAACUUGAAGUCACAUAUGAAGGAACAUCAAAAGUAAGAGAAACCAAAAUUGAUGCUCUAAGGCAUGAUUAUGAAGCUUUUAGCAUGAAGGAUGAUGAGAACACUGAAACUAUAAAAGGUAAAACUUCCGCUGUUCAAAAAAAUGAUGGAAAAUGCUACAAAUGUGGAAAAUAUGGUCACAUUGCAUCUGAAUGCCCUGAUGCAAAGAGGAAACCAUCAAAAAACUAUCAAAAACAACGAGCAUUCAGCAGUUGGAGUGAAGAUGAAGUCUCUGAAGAUGAUGAGGAAGGAAUGGAGAACAUUUGCUUCAUGGCAAUUGGCGAAACUAGCGAGGUAAGACCUUAUCACUGUUCUAACUGUAGUGAAACUCAAGAAUUGCUUGAUCAAACACUUGAGGACUUAAAUAGAGUGUUUAAUGAAUAUAAGAAGCUUAAGAGAGAAAGAAGGGACUGGGAACUUAAACUAGAAGUAGUUGAAAUAGAAAGGGAUCUUCUUCAAGAAGAAGUUGAGGACUUGAAACUGCAGCUUAAUGGGUUGCGUAAGUCCACCAGUCAUAGCUCAGUUAGAUCUAACCAAUUGACUUGUAACAACAAGUCUACCGGGAAAAGACCUAUUAGUAAUAGUAAGAACCCUGAAAAAUCUAAGGAUGUGUCAACCAAUUAUGAGGAGACAGAUCAAUCAAAUAGAACGAAAAAACGGGUGAUAAAUAUAUUCAAUGUAGAUUUCAUUACACACUUUCUCCAGGUUGGAUAUGGAAGCCCAAGACUAAUCAUCAAAGCACUAACUCUCAAGGACCCAAGGAAGCUUAGGUACCUAAAAGAAAGUAACUACCUUGUUUUGCAGGAACACCACAAGAAGAAAUCAAAAGGGAAAUGGUAUCUAGAUAGUGCGUGUUCCAGUCACAUGACAGGCGACAAAAGCUUGUUCAAAUCAGUCGCAGACUUUGAUGGAGGACUAGUUACUUUUGGUGACAACUCAACAGGAACAGUAAUUGGUACAGGAACUAUUUCUUUUAAUAAUUCUUGUGAUAUCUCUAAUGUCUAUCUUGUUGAAGGACUCAAAUAUAACCUCUUAAGUAUCAGUCAGCUAUGUGAUUCUGAUUUAGAGGUAAGAUUCAAAAAUACUAGCUGUGUUAUAGAAGACAAAACUGGAAAAGAAAUUCUUUCUGGCAGCAGAACAAGAAAUAUGUAUGUGCUUGACUCUAUUAAAAGUCCAGCUGGACACAUUUAUUUGGAUUCAAUGGGAGAAGAUCCUUGGGUUUGGCACAAGAGACUUGGACAUGCUAGCAUACGGCUAAUUGAAAAAUUAGCCAAACACGAUUUGGUCUUAGGCCUGUUUAAGAUAAAUUAUUCAAAAGAUCAUAUUUGCGAUGCUUGUCAGAAAGGUAAGAAAACAAGAAAUUCUUUUAAUUCUAAAGAUAUUGUACCCACUUCUAAACCAUUGCAGCUUCUACAUAUGGACCUUGUUGGUCCUACGAGAACUGCUAGCAUUGGAGGAAAGAGGUAUGCUUUCAUUAUCGUUGAUGAUUUCUCUCGUUUUACCUGGGUUAUAUUUCUUGCUCAUAAGGAUGAUACUCUAAAGAAUUUUAAGUUUUUCUGUGAGAAAGUUCAGCAUGACAAAGGAUACUACAUUACUUCCAUAAGGAGUGAUCAUGGAGGAGAAUUUGAAAACAAGGCUUUUGAGGAGUUCUGCAAUGAACAAGGUUAUGCUCAUAAUUUUUCCUCACCAAGAUCUCCUCAGCAAAAUAGUGUCGUUGAAAGAAAGAAAAGAACUUUACAAGACAUUGCUAGAACAAUGAUAUUAGAACACAAUCUGCCAUAUUACUUUUCGGCACAAGCUGACAACAUUGGUAAGUUUGAUCCUAGAAGUGAUGAAGGUAUUUUCGUUGGCUACUCUAAUAAUAGCAGAUCCUAUAGAAUUUUUAAUAAAUGCACUAAAUCUAUUGAAGAAUCUGUUCAUGUUAUUUUUUAUGAUACUAAUCGUUUGAUUGAGAAAGAAAGAAUUGCAGAUGAAGAUGUUUGCCAGCCUUCAGUCACUAUGACUACUCCUUCAACUGAUCAAAAUCUCUCUUUAAGAGAAACUACCUUUGCUGAUGAGUCGAUCAAUCUUACAAUUGGACCUAUUCCAAAUGAAUGGAGGAGUGAGCCUGAUUAUGCUAAGAAGUUUGUCAUUGGAGAAAUAAAUGAAGGAAUGAAGACUCGAACUUCUUGUAAAAAUAAUGCAAAUUUGGCUCUUAUAUCUCAACUCGAGCCAAAGAAAGUAGAUAAGGCUUUAAAGGAUGAUCAUUGGAUAAAAGCGAUGAAAGAAGAACUGAUCGGUUGA